UGUUAGUCUCUUGGGCAUCUUACAUCUUAGCAAAGUCUAACCCAAGUGAAUGACAAAAGUUUACACACCUGGUGGCAAUUAUACUCAAACAAAAAAGCAGUUUGAGACCGUUAUGCAUAGUAGGGCCAUGUUACUGACUCCUGGUUGGGACCCCUGGUUUUGGGUUUGGGGGGCAGUGCUAAAUUCAAAUCUGCUCCGUUUUAACACACGCCUCAUUCUAGCUCCGCCAGUCUGCCCACAGUCUGCUGAGAGGAUGAAUGUGCUGCGUGCGCUGGCGGAUUUUGGAAGAAACAAAGUAACUCUGUUAAGUUUAUGGAAAUAUGAUGUUGCUCAGUAGAAAUGAUGGAUGCGAUAGACUCCAUUGAUCCAUACAGCCGACCAGCGCGCAGGACACAAUGGAUAGUCAGCACUCUGGCUUACCAUUACGGACUGGACCGGGGAGUGGAGAACGAAAUUAUAGUUCUAGCCACCGGGCUAGAUCAAUACCUACAGGAGAUUUUCCAUCAUAUGGACUACCAAGGUGGAGGCAAAAUCCCUGUGGAGGACUUUAACAUCUUGUGUGACAUUCUGGGACUGAACAAAGACUUGGAGGAUUCUGAAUGCGCCGGUGUUUUACCCAGCGAGCUCUCUUUCAGACACUUUCACGCCAAACUGUGCGGGUACUUCAGCACAAAGGCGGGGUGUCAGUAUGAGAACGGCCGGCUGCUGGUCGGGAAGGACAGCGAGCAUAUAGAGACUCAGAUCCGCCUGAGAAGCCCACUGAAGCGGCGAGAGAAGCUGCUGUGUGUGGGAGUGAGCGGCGGGUCCUCGCCGUCCCCGGAGGGACGGCACGCCUCCGGCUGCAGGCUCGGCUCCUGCACCAGGGAGUGUUAUGAGGAGAUAGUGGCACUGGAGGAAGCAGAGGACCGAAUAUCAAAACUGGAAGAUGAGAAUGCAAGUCUGAGGGAGCUGAUUGAAGACAUGCGAGCCGCACUUCAGAGCAGUGAUGCCCGCUGUUUGGCUCUGCAGGUAGGACUAUGGAAAAGCCACUCCAAGCAUAAAUCAGAAGAAGGCUGCUUUGUUGCCCACCAGAAACAAGCAGCCCAGAAAAGUAUGAGCAAUUCCAACCUGAAAAACAGCACCUACAGCAACCUGAAGAGCCUGCAGAACAUUAUCCACGAGAUAGAGCUGCUGCAGAACUCCAGAGACCAACAAGUAGAGGAAGCCAUGCUGUGUAAUCAGAGACUGGAGCAGGAACUGUGGAGCUCUAAAGAAACUGUGGCGGCACUGGAGGACUGCAACCGAGUCCUGAAGAAGGAGCAGGUGGGCAUGAGGAGGAAGGUGGAGGAGGCCAGGCAGGCGCUGCUUAGCGGCCUGGGGAAGGUGAAGGAACUGGAAGCUAAAGCCAGUCAUGUGCCGGCGCUGCAGAGACACAUCCUCCAGCUGGAAUCAGAGCUCCUCUACUACAGGUCAGAGGUGUCCAAACUCCAACUUCCAAGCAGCUCCAGGGCAGAGCAGCAGCUGAGUGUCAGCAGCAGGCCGGGCCAGAGAUGUUGCUCGGGCUCCCAGCACGAUCGCUGUUCCCCGACAGGGCGUGCUGUGACAACCCCGGACAAAAUGGAGGAGCAGCUGUUUCGUUCAGUGGAGGGCCAGGCAGCCUCCGACGAGGAAGAGGACAAGUGGACUGGAGAUCAGCAGCGGCAGGUGGACGAGGUGAAGAGGAUUUUGACCAGGCUGUCCUGCUGUGGGGAAAGGUGCGAAGACAAAGCAUUCAAGAAGCUGAUGUCUAAUUUCGGGAGCUCAAGGAGUGAGGAGAGCUGCAGCGCUGUGGUGGAGCUCCUGGAGAGGGUGACCAAGUUGCAUAAGCAACUGCAGCUGAAGGAGAGUCAGGCAGAGAUAAACAUGGACCAGAUGAAGGACUCUCUGGUGCAGGAGCUGCAGCAGAAAGCCGAGGAGACGGAGUUGCUUCAGAUGGAGCUGCAGAUGUUGGAGACAGAGAGGGUUCGUCUGUCCCUGGUAGAAGAGAAACUUGUGGACAUUCUGCAGCUCCUCCAGCAACUCAGAGACCUGAAUGUCUCCCGGAGGUCUCUUGGGAAAAUCUUGCUCAGCACUUUGGAGUCUUGCAGCGACCCGCAACAUGGGAAAGCCCACAUCUUGGAGGUGCUCAACGCUCUCUAUCAUGAACUGGCUGCCUGCGAGAUUCUGUCUACUGGUGGACCUUUGGAGCGAACACAAAGCCAGCAGUCUUUGAACGCCCUCAUGAUCUCCUGCUAAACAAGACUGCCUCCUGCUGGGCCCAGGACCCUUCUGCACAUCUGUGUGGAAGUGAACAGCUGUUUUAGAGGACACUGGAAGCUUAUCAGUGAUCAAGAAGCAGGCUGAUUGAUGUAUAUAGUGUAUUAUACUGUAGCUUAUGUACUCAUAAUAUCCACAAAGGGAAAUUACUUCCUCCUUCUUCCUCAAGGCUAGAAUGUUAAUUAUUGUAGGAAAGGACUUUUUAAAUACAUAUAAAGAAAAUACUUGCUUAUACAUGUUUUUUCAAGAGCUUUCAUUGCACACAACUCUUUUAUGAUUCAAUAUGGAUGUUUUUAUUUUGUCACAACAGAGUUCUGAAUGUGAAAAUGUUGUAAUAAGCUAAACUUCAAAAGGUCUUUAAGUAAUCUGUGAAAUUGAUCGACCUCCACUGGUCAACAAUUGGAGCUGAAACAUCCCUGAUAGAACUUAAAGGAAUCUGCAUCCCAUUGCAGGGGCUUCAUCUGUCUAAGUCAUUUCAAGGUCACAUGUUGUAACAGGUCGAAGAGGGUCUCUCAUGAUAGCCUACUUUUGACCAAAUUUGGAGGUCACAACUGGCGCGUACCUUGCAGCCCUCAGUAAGCCUCAAUCUUGUUUAAUGGUGCAUUCAGGUGGUCCUCAUUAACUUGUAAUGUUAGGAAGUAACGUGGAACCAUGUUGUAUUUCCCAGGUAUUUGCAUUAAGGUGCUCAUCUGUUAUUGGUAAAUGCACCACAUGAAUGAGACCAAUAAAAAAGCCCCUGCAAGUUGUAAAUACAGAAAGCCAGGUGUAAACUUCUUCUUGUUGGGAGCCUGUAAGCUGUUAGAGGUAAUAUCAGGUUAUCUAAGUACAGUAUAUUCACCAUUAACCUGCUACACUGUUUGUCCAUGAUAUGUUGAAGUUGAAAGUUAAAACUGCACUAAUUAAUAUUAACAAUGAUUCCAAUGACUAUGUGUGAUGUGAAAGGAUUUGCUUAUAGUGCUGGAACCACAGACAAUUAUCACCCAAUUCCGCAUUUCCCCUCCACCAUACGGAGCAUUUUAGUGUCUUUCAGCAUUGUUUUGGUUUUACAGCUCACAGCCUUACUCGUUCAGUUCUCAUCAACCUAAUUUCCAGCAGCAGCAGGCAGUUGUUUUCAGUAAAAAAAAGCUCUUAAAAAUUCCACUCUACAUUACCUUUCCAGUACCAAAGACAAACAAAGUUAGCAGCUAGCUGGUGAACAUAGUGAAGCAUUUAACUAUAGAGCCAGAUAUUUCCCCUAAGGGGUUGGUAGAGACUAGAACAGAGUUAAAAGGAGAGUGAAUUUUGGAUAUUUUAUCAGGUGUUCAGUAAUCUGAUCCAUGUCUGCUGGAUGUGUAAACAGGCAUCUCUUUGCUGACAUGAAAUGAUUUGUCAAUGUUAAGUUUACAAUUUGUUUCACUACCACCAGGUGGCCAAAUGAAGUCAAUGCUGCUUUAACUCAACCUAACUUACUUGUACCAGUUUACCACUGACACUUAACAGUUCUAAACUUGAAAAUUUUUUAACAUUAGAGUUGACAAGGGUUGACUGCAUCACUAGUCUCUGUGAAGCUAGACCUUCUCUAGUGGGGAGGAGAUGUGCAGGCUUAAACCAGGUAUUCAGGGCCUGCAAGGACACACAUUCAUGGUUCACAUUAAAUUAAUCAAAUAACAGUUUGUCAUUUGUUUUAUUAGAGAAGGUAGUUUUUAGCUUUCAUAGAGUAGAUGAAAUGUCUUAUGUGUGUUUCCCAUUAAAGUAGAACACACAGGUUGAGUCAUGGCUGGUGACAGAAUGGUUAAAGCUUGCAGCUCUGGCCCACACUAGUGCACUAAUUAUAUUACAAUAUUAACAGCAGUGUCUACUGUAAGUGUACCUGGUUGCCACCUCACACAUAUUUUUCAACAUAAUAAAGCAGAUUUACUUCUAAUAAAAUGCUCAUUCUGAAACAUGAAACUUGUUCAUAUCAGUUGGAUGAGUUGCAUUGUCAUUGGUGUCUUGAAAAGAGGGCCUUAGAUGCAAAACCACUCACUGGUGUUGGUGAGCUAUGCCAUUAAAGCCUUUGACAUACACGGUCUGGAUUGCUGUGAUUUGUUUAUGGAUGAAUCCUUGCACUUGCUCUUUACUACUAGUUUUCAAUCACAAAAUACAGAAUGUUCCUGUUUGUGUUACAUCAUUUUCUAAUAAGUCAUUGUUUAAAACUUCAACUUUUCUUUUCUUACUGAAACCUGGCUGAGAUCAAGAGACAAUAGAUCUGCAAACCACAAAUAUCUUUACUCCCUUCUGUUCUGUUCUGUUCGGAGGUUGCAGUGUUGUUUCAGUAAUUAUUUUAAUUGCAGAAUUUUAUCUCCUGAUGAAUAUUCAAGCUUUGAACCUCUGCUCUGCUGUCAAGUGGAUUGUGCACUCAUUUCCUCCUCCUAAAUUUAACAACCCUUUAUUAAUGGAGUUACUGAUUUACUGUCUGUGCUAUUUUCUUAUGUCAAUAUUCCCAUUUGCUGUCAUUCAAAGUGAGUUUUUGAAUCUAAUUGACUUGAUUAAUCUUUCAAUGCAUGGAUCCUGUGCAUGCCCACAGUCAUACUCAUGACCAUGUCCUAACAUUACCAAUAUAUUCCAAUCUCAAAUGUGGUGGUGAUGUAAAUUUAUCAGAUCAUUGGCUCAUUGUCUCUGCCCCUCGCUUCCCUACAAUAAGUCCAGUCUUUGCCUGGCAUAUACAGUGCCAGUCAAAAAUUUGGACACACCUUCCCAUUCCCUUGAACGAGAAAAUGUUUCCAAACUUUUGACUGUUACCGUAUGCUUGCUCUAUCACUAUUUCCACUGACCAGGUCACACACAAGUACGACUGUUUAGGAUAACAUAAGACUUUAUUGUCCCAGAGGGAAAUUUGCCUUGGACACAAUGCAAAGACACAUUUCCCUCUGGGACAAUGAAGUCUUAUUCUAGAUUCAUAAUGUCACUACUGCUAGUAGCUAAU